UGAAAAUCACGUGUUUAUGUUUGUAUGACUUAAUCGUGUAUUGAAUGGACAGACAGUGAAGUGGUGUCCAGCCUAUCGGUCCCUUCAAUGCCUUUAUAUGAGUUCCGUUACGCGCCGUAUGUCUGGCGGCUAUUGAAUGGUGUCUUCUGUGUCUAUAAACCGCACAAUAAGUCCAUUCAAUCCACUCGCAGGUCAUUACUAUCCAAACUCUGCGAUGAUCUCAAUGCCAUGGAGUGUCGGCCCGCAAGAGAGUUGGUCCACAUCUCCGGUCAACUGUCGAGUGGCGAGAGUCUGACGGUUGAGACGAAACCCAGUUUUGCGGACAACCCUCUGGUUGUGGGCCAACGAUACCAACCGCAAGACAUUUCGCUCACAAUCGCCAAUAAUCCGGGUUUCUUCGCGUCCGGUGUUGUCAUCGCAUUCAUCGGAAAAGCGGCCAAAAAGAUGUAUGACUUCCAGAGGGGACAGCAUUUGAGAGUUUAUGAAAUCAAAGGCCGAUUCGGUUUCGCGACCAAUAAUUUCCGAUCCGAUGGACGCAUAGUAGAGAAGUCGCGGUUUAAACACGUGACUGAUGUCCACAUCGGACGAGUGAUCAGCAAAAUACAAGCAUCGCAUCAGACGCUUAUGUUUAAGACAAUGGGAGUGGACCUCAAGAGCGAAGAGGCGUACGAAAUGGCGGCCAAAGGGAUGAUCAGACCCGCCAUUCGCAAGACAACGCCUGUCAUAUACGGCAUCCGUUUGACGGACUUCUCUUCGCCCGACUUCACACUCGAAGUCCAGUGUAUCAACGAAUUCGACGAAUUCCUGGUCGGACUCAUCCAUGAGAUCGGACUUAAGCUGAGGACCAGUGCGAUGUGUACUCGACUGCGAGUCAUACGUUACGGUCCCUUCACUGUCGAGAACUCUUUAUUAUUGAAACACUGGACGUGUGAACACAUCAUCGAUAAUAUACAGACAUGUGAACAGCUAUUAAAACCCCAAUUCUUCGAACCCCUGUCCCCUGUAUUGAGUGACCCGACGGCGCUCUCAGAUCAUGAAAUCUUUUUGGAAACACUUAAGAAAAGCGGAGAAAUAAUCAAAUAAAACAAACAAAACAGUCGUUUAAUUCAUAUAUUCUCAACAAAAGGCAUGUCUUUAGCACACCUGUAGUGAUGAUAUCUGGCGAACGUUUCGGCCACCAGUAGUGGGAAUAUAAGGGACGCGUCGGCGUAUAUUUUGACCGGUUUUGCCUCUCUCUUAAUCUUACCCCACGAAACGGCUUCGUCAGGUCGGGCGCCGGCAUCGCUGCCAUCGAACUCAUUGGCCGUGUUUAUGAAGACAGAAAAGUCGGCGCCGUUUCGCUAUUAAAUGCAAU